GCCUUCUCCUCUGUUUGAGUUGAAGAUGACUGGCCAAAGCUACAGCAUCUACAAUGCUGUUUAUGCAGUGGCACAUUCUCUGCAUGAGGCUGUGAGAUCAAGAGCCCAACACAGAAGAAUUAAAAUGUUUGCAUUUUCAAAUCUGCAGCCAUGGCAGCUCCAUCCAUUUCUUCAAGGCAUUUCAUUUAACAAUUCAGCUGGGGAGAGAGUGUGCCUGAAUGAGAAAAGGGAAGCAGCAGGUGGAUUCGACAUCACCAACUUGAUCACUUUUCCAAACAGGUCCUUUCAGAAAGUUACCGUUGGAGUCUUAGAUCCCAGUGCUCCAAAAGGGAAAGAAUUGUUUAUCAGUGGAGAUGAGAUUAUCUGGCACCCAGCUUUUAACCAGGUACUUCCAAUUUCUCUGUGUAAUGACCAUUGCUCCCCUGGAUACUGGAAGAAAAGGAUAGAAGGAAAACAAUUCUGCUGCUAUGACUGUGUUUCAUGCCCAGAAGGAAAGAUUUCAAAUCAAAAGGAUAUGGACGACUGUUUUGAAUGUUCAAAAGACCACUACCCGGAUAAAGAACAGAAAGAAUGUAUCCUGAAACCGGUGGUCUUUCUAUCAUUUGAAGGAACCUUAGGAACUGGUUUAGCCUCAGCUGCUCUUUCUUUCUUCUUCUUGACCUCUUGGGUAGUUGGAACUUUUAUUAAGCACCAGGAUACUCCCAUUGUCAAAGCCAACAAUCGGUCCCUCACCUAUACCCUCCUUGUCUCUCUUCUGCUCUGUUUUCUCUCCUCCUUGCUCUUCCUCAGCCAGCCUGGCAAAGUGACCUGCCUUCUCCGACAAUCAGCUUUUGGCCUCACUUUCUCAGUGGCCAUUUCUAGUGUCCUGGCCAAAACCAUCACUGUGGUUGUGGCUUUCAUGGCCACUAAACCAGGAUCUCAGAUGAGGAAAUGGGUGGGGAGAAGAUUGGCUUUUUCUAUUGUCCUUUCAUGCUCCAUCAUUCAAGGAUGGAUUUGUAGUAUUUGGUUGUUCUCAUUCCCUCCAUUCCCUGAAUUGGACAUGCACUCAGAGGUCCAAGAAAUGAUUUUACAGUGCAAUGAGGGGUCAGCUUUCUUUUUCUACUGUGUCUUGGGCUACAUGGGUAUCUUGGCCAUUGCCAGCUUUAUUGUGGCUUUUCUUGCCCGUAAAUUACCCGACAGCUUUAAUGAAGCCAAGUUCAUCACCUUCAGCAUGUUGGCCUUCUGCAGUGUGUGGAUCUCCUUCUUUCCAGCCUAUCUGAGCACAAAAGGAAAAGCUAUGGUAGCUGUGGAGGUCUUCUCCAUCUUGGCCUCCAGCGCUGCAUUACUGGGAUGCAUAUUUUUGCCAAAAUGCUACAUCAUUGUUUUUAAGCCUGAGCUAAACCAGAGAGAGCAACUAAUAAAGAGGACUUAGUACAUCAUGUGAGUUUUCUCACUAUGAAAAUUUGCUGACAAUUGGGA